AUGGCAGAGAAAUCAAAGGUUGCAGCUCUGGCAGCCGUAGUCGGCCAGACUUGGAGAGAGGAGCUGGUAGCGUUGCUGGACCAGGUGGACGACGAAGAAGACCAAGCAGUGCGCGACAAGAUAUGCGCCAUCCUUCUUCGUGCGGCAGACUACAAAGAACAGGAGCAGAAUCAGCUAGAAGUCAACUUGAGCGAUUGUCGCCUGAAAACGUCUGGAGCACGCGCCCUGGCCAUUGUCCUGCGCCAAAACGCAGGCAUCAAGUCCCUCUUGCUGCCCAACAAUGAGCUGGCAAGCGCGGGAAUCUCAACACUCGCGCCAGCACUGCAGCAGCUGACGGCCCUCUCGAUUCUUGAGUUGAGUGGCAACCAGCUUGGGGAUGAUGGGAUCACGGCACUGGCGGCAGCGCUGCCGCACCUGACAUCACUCACACGGCUUGGGCUGGCAUCCAACCACAUUGGAAAUACGGGAGCAACGGCCCUUACCCCAACACUGCACCACCUAUCCUCUCUUCUCACCCUCGACUUGACCGACAACCAUCUGAGUGAUGCAGGAACAGAGGCCAUCGUACUGACACUGCGGCACAUGCCUUCGUUGACAACGCUCAACUUAUCAAGAAACAAGAUCACGAACCAGGGCAUGUUGGCUGUGUUUCAGCAACUUCAGAGCAUCGGCACCGACGCCACCAUCAGGCUGUCUGAAGAUGUUGUCGUGUCUGCCGCCGUCGCCAAAUCGCUGGCCACGCUCCGCACAAAGCGGCCAGAUCUACGGGUGUAUGUCACCGGCAUCAACGAGUUUGACAAUCCGCACUAUGAAGAGCAGCUGCGCCUACUUAAGCUGCUGGAAACAGGCGCCAUGCCGCUUGACACAGCCAAGGUGUUCGUGUGCGGCGAUUACGGCAUUGGCAAGACGACGCUGAUCAGGUCGCUGCGUGGUGCGGGGUACCUCCACGCCGUCUCAACCUACUUCUUCGCGCCAGCCAACGACCCAGACCGCCCGAACGAGCGAACCCCGGGGAUUCAACUCUCAAAAUUGAACCUUCACGCCCAUGCCAACAGUGGCCGUGGCCGUGGCAGUGAGCACACCGUGGCCUCGCUGCGCGUGUAUGAUUUCGGCGGGCAGCUGGCCUAUCACGUGAUCCACACGCUGAUGAUGUCGGACCGGUUUGCCGCCUUUGUUGUGUGCGUCGACCUAUCACAGCCCGCCCUGCGCGUGACCCAGCGCGCCAACUACUGGCUGCAGUUUAUCUGCACGCGCCUGCAGCAAGGGGUGGCCGCAGACACAGCAACAGCGGGUGGCGGCAUUGCUGCUGAGGUGAAGCCACGCGUGGUCAUUGUCGGAACGAAGAAGGAUGUGGUGAGUGGAAGGGGGAACAGCAGUGCUGCCUAUCAACGCGCUUUGGUGGCAAACCUCCGAGAGACCUUCGGCCACAUUGUCGACAUCCAAGACGCGCUCAUUGCACUCAACUGCCACCAACCCGCUGAGGAAGGGUUUCAGGCCUUGCGAUCCCAGCUGAUCCAACACUGGCAGUGGCUGCGAAGCCAGGAGGUGCUGGUGCCACAGGUGGUGAACGACGUCUCACGGUCCCUGAAGGCUGCAGCAAAGCAGAGACCCAUGUGGCCGUACGAAGACUUGCUUGUGUUUGUCCAGAACAGCGGCAACGGUCUGGACCUCAUUUCCGCCAUUCGCGACGACAUCUUUCAGCUCACGCUCCGGUAUCUGCACACGCGUGGUGAUGUGCUGUGGUAUUCCAGCUCACCAGCACUGUCGGACUACGUGUUUGUGUCUCCGAAUUGGCUGCUGCACGAUGUGCUGGGGAAAGCACUGCAGCCGGAGGGCGUCAUGUGUGGAGGACUGAACCCAAAAACAGGCGUGGUGACGCUGGCAGAUAUCGAGGCCGCAUUUCACAACAUUGUCAGCCCACACCUCGUCAUCACACUGCUGCAAUACGCCCUCCUGUGCUUCGAGCUGCCAUGUGACAAGCACAAUCGGCGCCGAUUCAUGCUUCCCAGCAGGGUACAGCUGCAAGUCGACAUCGGAGCAGCGUGGCCUCCAAGUGACAACGGCAUGUGGAGCGUGUACGCGGGCAGGCGGUUGGCGGUCGAGAGCGAAGCGCUUGCACUACCUCCAGGGCUCUUCCCGCACGUGCAGACUCGGCUGCACGCAUUGUUUACAGACACGCUGAAGGUGUGGACAGACGCGUUUUCGUGCGCGCGUGGCGACGUGCAGUGCCUUGGGCUGAUGCACGGCGACCGGGAGGUGGAUGUCUGGGUGCGGGCACGUGCUGGCGCCGAAUGCAGCGCUUGGAGCUGCAUGAUGGACGUGUUUUCGUUGCUGCAAGAUGAGGCACGCGGCAUCGAGCACACGCAUCUCGUCCUCAGCGCGAAAGAUCUCAGACACUACCAGCCGCACCCAGCCGGGAUUGACAUCAAGCGGCUUGAAGAUCUACCACCGCACGAAAACAUCGCAUUCUUCAGCACUGGCGCACACCACUCGACUCCAGAGCCCGUUGGGGAUCUGCUGGUGCGCAAUCCUGUGCUGACGGCGCGGUGGCACGAGCCUGGCUACGAGUGGCGACAUCCAGCCUGGUGUCUUGAUGACAGCUUUGAUCGCCUGCUCUCAUGGACUGGCCCUGGUGAUCAUGGCGUCUUCACGGCGCCGCUGCCACCAGACACCGACCUGUAUCGGUGGAUCGAGGGCCAGAUGACGCAAGGUCUCACCCUGUCACGCGUGGAGGUGACCAAGUCCACCACCAUACUGCGUGCAUUCCACACCCGAAUGGCGCUAUCGUCCGCUCGACGUGGCGACCCCGACCCGUCCAAUCCCUUCAACAGGGACUUUGGAGCUGGCGAUCCGGAGAAACAAGCCAUGCUCGAUCGCCUCAAGACACAGUUUGCAGCGACUGCGGAUGGCGGUGUUGCGCACGUGAACGUUCUUGUUGGCUGGCACGGGUGCGGCGAAGCCGUGACCGACAGCAUCAUUGCCACGGGCACCGCCAGCCUCAGAACCUCAAACGACGUUGGGUACUUUGGUGCCGGUAUCUAUCUCACCCCGCAGGCCAAUUACGCCGCUGGCUACUCGACGCGCUUGAUGACCGGAAAUUGGCGCCAGCCCAAUGCAAAUGGCGAGCACGUGUUGCUGCUGUGUGCUGCCGGCGUUGGCCUCGCAUACCCCAUCACCAGGAGGACCGACUACACGCGCAAAAUUCCGAAGAUGCCCAAGGUGUGCGACUACUACGGACAACCAUUGUACAGCGGUUGUGACUCGCAUUAUGUUCAGGUGACACGCAGCAACAAGUUCCAGGCCGCUGAUGUACCUGGCACGUUUGACUUUGAGGAGUAUGUCAUGGGCCAGGAAGCGCAGGUGCUGCCCAUCGCCAGGGUCUUCGUUACAGUCAACAAGAACGAGCUUCGCUCACACCUGGCUGCUUCGGAGCCUGCCAGCGCCGCCACCGACGCAGCAUGA